AUGGAUUCUGUCUACACAAAUCUAGCAGAAAGGGCCCUUGACAUAUACACGACGUCAAAACAAGACUCUCUAACGCGAGUCAUCAUCGCUUUUUCUGGUCCGCCAGGAUCAGGAAAGUCGACCAUUGCAGCUGAAGUGGUGCAACGCAUCAACGCUCAAACCGGCCGUCCUACCGCAGCAGUCCUGCCGAUGGAUGGCUUUCACUACUCUCGCGCACACCUCGACACAUUACCCAAUCGCGGCGAGGCAUACGCCCGACGGGGCGCUCACUGGACAUUCGAUUCCGACGGCGUAUUGAAGCUUGUCAAAGCUCUCCACGUCUCUCGGAACGGACCUACACACAUCAUUACGGCACCGAGUUUCGACCACAAAUCCAAAGACCCCGUUGCAGAUGCGCUUCGCAUCGAACCAGAGACUCAAAUCGUCAUCAUCGAGGGCAAUUGGCUGCUUCUCGACCGCGCCCCUUGGAAGCAGAUUCCCGACUACGUGGACGACACUUGGUUUGUUGAUGUGGAACCAUCGUUGGCACGACACCGUGUUGCAGCUAGACAUAUAAAAGCAGGGAUUGAAACGAACUGGGAGGAGGCCAUAGCUAGAGCCAACAAGAAUGAUCUGCUGAAUGGAGAAGAGGUGCGGAGGAAUCUCAUACGACCAAAUAUUAUUGUGCAGAGUGUCGAUGACAAGGCUCUUAGUCCGAGGUAG